UCUCCCUCCUCCCCGGCUGCUGCUGCCGCCCGCGCGCCGGUGUCAGACCCUCCAGACCCUCGGAGCGGUCGCUGCUGCUGUGAGCGCUCAGAGCUGGAAUUUAGUGGGAGUGGAAACCCCUGCUGCCGCGGUGACUCCUGACAUUCCCCGAGAGCAGAGGCGGAGUACCGACGCAGACCGGUCCCAAACCCAUGGCACCGUUCUAACCACGAGGACGCGCGCGUCGGUCUCUUCUGUGUGGAUUUUCUAUUUCCCCUCUCCACCCUUGGAUUAUCGGACUUCCACGACAUGGCAACUUGGUCCGCGACUGACGGUGCGCGGGUGGCGUGACGCCGCGCGGGAUGCCGUGGACGCGUCCGGCACUUUGAGCUGCGAUUUGUCCUCCCGGGAUCUGAUGAUAUUGGAGAAGAUUUGCGCACAUUUGAAUGGUUUUCCUGCUCCCUCCUGGCGCAGCAUGUCAGUGAGGAUGUUUGCUGGAUCUCUAUUGUUCCUCCUCAUCCAAGUGCUCGCUGUCGCGUCUUUGGCUCAGACCGAUAAGUGCGGAGGGAAUAUAGAGAUCAACGUGGCGGACUACCUGACCUCGCCCGGCUACCCGGGGGCCUACCCGCCCUCGCAGCAGUGCGUGUGGGUGAUCACGGCGCCGGAACCAGGCCAGAAGAUUCUCAUCAACUUCAAUCCGCAUUUUGAUCUGGAGGACAGAGACUGCAAGUACGACUACGUGGAGGUCUACAAUGGCGGAGAUGACCUGUCGCCCAUGCUGGGGAAGUUCUGCGGGAAGAUCGCGCCCUCGCCGAUCAUCUCCAGCGGCACUCAGCUGAUGAUCAAGUUCGUCUCGGACUACGAAACCCCGGGAGCUGGGUUCUCUGUUCGCUACGAGGUCUUCAAGACAGGGCCGGAAUGUUCCCGGAAUUUCACGGCUCCCAGUGGUGUCAUCAAGACGCCCGGCUUCCCCGAGAAGUACCCCAACAACCUGGACUGCACCUUCAUGAUCUUCGCCCCCAAAAUGUCAGAGAUCGUGGUGGAGUUUGACAGCUUCGACAUGGAGCCCGACACCACGCCGCCACCCGGUGCCCUCUGCCGGUACGACUGGCUGGAGAUCUGGGACGGAUUCCCCGCAGUCGGACCUCACAUCGGGCGAUACUGUGGACAGAGCUCGCCCGGUCGGGUCAUCUCCUACACGGGCAUCCUGUCCAUGACCAUCACCACCGACAACGCCAUCACCAAGGAGGGCUUCUCCGCCAACUACACCAUCCGAGAGAGGAACCUCCCGCCAGGACACACGGACCAAGACUUUGCCUGCCUGGUUCCUUUGGGCAUGGAGUCCGGAGAGAUCUCCUCCAACCAGAUCACUGCCUCGUCGCAGUACAACUCCAACUGGUCGCCUGAACGCUCUCGACUCAACUACCAGGAGAACGGCUGGACGCCGUCGGACGACACGGUCCGCGAGUGGAUCCAGGUGGACCUGGGUUUCCUGCGCUUCGUCAGCGCCAUCGGGACUCAGGGAGCGAUUUCCAAAGAGACGAAGAAGCGCUACUUUGUUCAAUCCUACAAAGUGGACCUGAGCUCCAACGGGGAGGACUGGCUGCCUGUCAAGGAGGGAUCCAAGCAGAAGAUCUUCCAGGGCAACAGCAACCCCACAGACGAGGUCCGCUCCUUCCUCCCUAAACCCACUCUGGCUCGCUACAUCCGGAUCCGACCCAUGACCUGGGAGCAGGGCAUCUGCAUGCGCUUCGAGGUCUACGGCUGCCGGACGUCAGACUACCCGUGCGCUGGGAUGCUGGGGAUGGUCUCGGGUCAGAUCUCGGACGCUCAGAUCAGCGCUUCGUCGUACGCCGACCGAGGCUGGGUGGCUGAGAACGCUCGUCUGCUGACCGGGAGGUCGGGAUGGACCGGUCAGCAGGUCAAGCAGCCCUUCAGGAACGAGUGGCUCCAGGUGGACCUGGGUCAGGACAAGAUGCUGAGCGGCCUGGUGAUCCAGGGAGGGAAGCAUCGAGACAGGAACGUCUUUAUGAAGCGCUUCAAGGUGGGACACAGUCUUGACGGAGACACGUGGACCAUCUUCACCGAGGAGAACAGCACCAAGCCCAAAAUCUUUUUAGGGAAUCAGAACCACGACACACCGGAGCUGAGACCGGUGGGCCCAUUGGUGACCCGCUUUGUGCGGAUCUACCCGGAGAGAGCGACCCUGGAGGGGAUAGGUCUGAGACUGGAGCUGCUGGGCUGCGAGCUGGACGACAUCACCACUCCAGUCCCUCCCACCACUCCAGUCGCCUCCACGCUUCCUGUCACGACCUUCGGAGCGACCACCACGUCGCCCGUCACCGCCCCCGGCACGACUCCGCCCUCCAGGUGUGAGAACGGGCGACCAGACUGUGGCAGCGAGGGUCGAACACCCGAGGACUAUGACUCAGGAACCACGACAGCAGGAUCCAUUGUGGACAUCCCAGCGUACUUGUGGUUCGCCUGCAGCUUUGACUUCUCCUCAUUCUGCGGCUGGACCAGAGAGACGGGUUCUGGAGCGGCCUGGAUGAUCCAGAACAGCGGUGCCCCUGCCGUCCACCGAGGCCCAACCCUGGACCACACAGGCCAACCGGGGGACUUCAUCUACAUGGAGCUCUUGGACUCGGAAUGGACCGGUAAAGUGGGCGGCGAGGACGAUGGCGGUGACAUCCGGGAGCGCGUGGCCCGACUCUCUAGUCCUGCCAUCGCCACGCCGGAUUCGGACCUCUGCAUGUCCUUCUGGUACCACGUGUUCGGCGAGCGGGCCGGAGCGCUGCUCAUCCGCCAGAGGACGGAGGCGGACGGCAGUCUGCUUCUGAGGACCAUCAGCGGACACCAGGGCAGCAGGUGGAGAGAAGGCCGCGUGCUGCUACCGCACUCCAGCGCCCCCUAUCAGGUGGUGUUGGAGGGCAUUGCGGACAGGCGCAGCGGAGGUCACAUCGCAGUGGACAACAUCCGCAUCAUGGACAGGAUCAACAUGGAGGACUGCAGAGAUCCAGAAGCUUCUGCGUCGCCACCCACUGAGAUCUUCAUCCUGCCCAUGGACUCCCUCCCUCAGGAGACCGGUGAGCUCGGUGGUCCUGGGAACAUGCUGAAGACGCUGGACCCCAUCCUCAUCACCAUCAUCGCCAUGUCGGCGCUGGGCGUGCUGCUGGGCGCCAUCUGUGGCGUGGUGCUGUACUGCGCCUGCUCGCAGGGCAGCAUGACGGACAGGAACUUGUCGGCGCUGGAGAACUACAACUUCGAGCUGGUGGAUGGAGUGAAGCUAAAGAAGGACAAGAUGAACGGACAGACGAACUACUCAGAGGCGUGA